UUGUGCGGCACAGCUACCACCUCCACCGUCGAUAAAUGCAGCAGUCUUUUAACAGAUGAGACGUUCGAAUGGAAUUUCCACAGAUAUAGGGUUAGGAGAAGUGUAUUGCAUAUAUUUCGGCCCCAACAGCACAGCAACGCACGAUAUCAAAACCAACGUUCAGCUGUAGGCACCAGCAAAAGCAAGGCCCCCUUAGGCACCGAGAACUCAUAAAUAAACCUGAGCCCCAGUGGUCCAGUUAAUCAUACUCCCCACCAGAAGAUCCUUAAUCAGACACUCAGAUCGUCCUCAGCAGCAUGUCCGACACCAACCCCGCCUCUAUUGAACUUCCCGCGGAUUUCCUCCGCACCCCAGGCCCAAAAGUCACCAAAGAGACCAUUGACUUCAAAGCCGCCGGUCUCCGCGAAUACGAAGACUACUAUGCCGUUGUCCUCGACGGCGUGCUCUCAGAAGAAGAAUGCAACACCCUCGUGUCCGCCGUCGAUGCCAGCGUCGACGGAAGGUGGGAGCGCGCCAUGAUCAACUCGUGGAAUGGGUCGCAGCGGAUGAGGGAGGAUAUUCGGAAGUGCGGACGGGUGAUUGUGGAUGAUAGGGACCUGAUGAGGAGGUUGUGGGCUAGGGUUGAGGGGGCGGUGCCGGAGCUCGAGCGACUGGUUAACUGGGCUAAUAUUACGGGAAUGGGGCCGGCGAGUAGAGGUGAGGUAUGGGCGAUGACGAGACUGAAUGAGAGGGCGAGGUUCCUCAAGUAUGUGGGUGGCGAGUAUUUUAAACCGCACGGAGACGGGCAAUAUCAGACUGAAGACGGGUUCGAACGAUCCUAUUUCACCCUCCAUCUUUAUCUAAAUGACGGCGCUGGCAAGGACGGUGCAGAGCCUCUAGAGGGUGGGGCGACCGUUUUCCACAGUCACUGUGAUAAAGACCUGAAAGUGGAACCGAAGGUCGGCAGGGUCCUCCUUUUCCAGCAGCGUUGCCUUAUCCAUUCCGGCGAAGACGUCGUGAAAGGGACGAAACUGACCAUGCGGACGGAUAUCAUGUAUGCGAGGAAGCCCAACGACAGGCCAAGGGAAUCUGAGAAGGCGAGCGAAUCUGAGAGCGCGAGGGAACCCGAGGACAAAGCGAACCAACCCAGCAACAACGCCGAAGAACCCACUUCCAACGGCCUCAUCUCAGCAGGCAAGAAACUCUUCCGCAAUCCAUUUCAUUAGCAGUAUCCUUUGCCCUUUCCAUAGCCCAGUAUGCACUCACCUGCAAAAACAAAAAGGUUGAACGGCCCGCCUCACCAGAGUAAUCGGAAUCGAAUGAUACCCUUCCCUCUUUCACCCUCUACCCCCCAAGAAUGGAGAGAGGAAAAGCUACUGGAGGUCAAGCACGCUGCGUAUUGCACUAUGAUGUCGCUCCCUCUUGAGAGGAAGCACA